UACUUAUUGUUUUAAAGUUCUUUUCAAAUAAUAUAGCCAUAUUGCCUUCAUAUGACCUAUUGUUGCAUCACUUAAGUUUAAUAUAAAUUCAUUAGACUUUAACCUGGAAUAAUAUUACUGAUCUCUUAUUUUAAGUUACAUUUACAUGAUGUAAUACUGUGGUAAUAGUUUUAGUGAUCCUGUAAAGUGUAUUUAAAGAUUUGGAAGGAAGAUAAUGUUCAAGGUUAAAUAUGUGAAAAGCUAUUUAAAAUAAUUGGUCUGUAGAAGUUCUUGGAAAUGAUAAAUUUUAUUUGAACAUAUGACAUAUAUGAAUUGUCUUUGGAACUUAUUAUAGUUUAAGAAACAUAUCAUGGAAAGCCAAACUGAACUAAAAUUAACAAAAAAGUAAGUUAAAUUUUUGUCAGGUUUUUCAUUUAGUGAUGAUGUUAUAAAUUCAGUAACUGUUAAUAGCAACUACCGUACAACUUUUCUUUGAUCAUGUACUCGGUCAUACUCAUAGUUAAAUUUAGCCCAUUAUUUCAGAUUAGGCGCGUUAGGAGUUAACUACCUUUUCUUUCAGUCUCAGUACACUUUGUAUUAUUCAGCCAAAUUUUAUAAUGCAGUUAAGAUGUUAAAGAAUUCUAUACAAUCAUGAUUUACUCUUUCAACAGAAUCUUGCUCUCAUAUGUCUUAAAUACUGGUAACAUAAAACUCUGACUUAUUGUAUAGAAAGUACACUGCAUUAUUCAUUUUGAUUAUUGGUCUCGAAAUGGUAGCAGCCUUCUAAAUGCGCAUCUCAGCUAAAGAAUAAUAAAUCUUCAGAAGUCACGAUGAUCUGUUUUCUUCUUUGUUUUGGCAGGAACUGUCCAAGCCAUCCUAUCAAAACCAGAGAAGAACACUGACACUCGAGACUCUUAGCUUGUCAUAUCAGUUUGCUGUUUGGGCAUCAACAGUUCUUCAAAUCCUUUCCAUAUUCAUAUUUAGUCAUGUUCAAGCUGUUUGGAACAAUAUCACGCAAUCACACUGUUUUACUGUCUCAAAUUAAAUAUUUAGCUGCACUAGCAGCACAUCAAAAACAAUGUCAAUAUUUAAUGCCAAUGUCUUUGUUCCAUGAGACUGGAAUCAAUUAUGCCAAAUCUCGGUAAAACUUAAAAGUUUCGCAAAUUUUGUUCUCUCCUAAAUAAAUUUUGUAAUACUUAUUUUAAUUAGUAAGACAUUGCUACAUGAUAGUGUAGAUACAUAAAAUAAUAUGUAUUUGGGUAACUAUUUUGUUUCUUUUUUUUAUUCAUCUAGUGAGCUAAAAAGACGUUUGAAAGCUGAGAAACAAGCAAAGAAGAAAGCUGAAAAACUUGCAGCUGAACCAGCAGUAGAAUCUAAUUCUGCAGAUUCUAACGCCAAGCCUGAAGAGGAUGAAGAUGUUGAUCCAACUGUAAGUAAUGUAUCUAAAUAAUUUCUUUUCUCUUCACAGUCUUAUGAGAUGUACAAUACAGAUUUUAAGAAAAGUAGGAAGAAACAGUUACCUUCUAGUGAGUUUGUAUUGGUGCAAGACUAUUCCACUUCUUAUAUUUAUAACAUAUAGUCUUGAUUUGAUACAUUCAACUCAGAUUUAGCCUCAUUUUACACGUAAAGGUAAUUUUUUUAAACAUAGUUUCUUAAGACUUCAUUUAAAAUAAAAACUUUUUGUAUACUAUUUUAACAAAAUAGGAAUACUUCAACAUGCGCUCAUUGGCAGUGGCCAAUCUGAAAGAGAGUAAGGAUGAGCCACCCUACCCACACAAAUAUCAUGUUGGAAUGUCUUUGCAUGAAUUUAUAGAAAGAUUCAAUCACAUUGAAUCUGGAGAUAUAUUAGAUGAAGAGGUGACUGUUGCAGGUAAUACCACUUACAUUCAUUUUAUUUUCAAAAUUUGUCUCUUAUAAUUGCAACAGAUCUACAUUAUUUGUAGAAUUUUAAGGUAACUUAUGAUGUUUAUUUUUAAAAGUAGCAUAUGGCCUUCGAUGACUAAUGUCAAGUAUCUGCUAAUCCAGCUGUUACUCUUUUACUUUUUGUCAAUUUUUCCAGGCAGGAUUCAUGCCAAACGAUUAUCUGGUGCCAAGCUGAUAUUUUAUGAUCUCAGAGGAGAAUCUGUCAAAAUUCAGGUUAUGGCUAAUGCAAAGUAAGCAUUAUUGAAUUUUAUUUGUAAUAUUCUAAAAAGUUAAAAGUUAAAGCAUAAUAGAAUCUGCAGUGGUACAUAGUGUUAUACCGGUACUUCAUGACAAUUAAACUUGUCUAUCUCUAUUUUUUUUCAGAUAUUAUGAAAGUCCUGAAGCCUAUGAGAAGAUGAUUGAUAAAAUAAAAAGGGGUGACAUUGUGGGCAUCAAAGGCAAACCAGGUGAAUGUCUUGAGAGUCAGCCUAAUACUAUUUUAAUAGGAAUGCUGUACAUGUGAAAGUGAUUAAAUUCAUUGCAUUACAAAAACAAAAAUAUAAGUCGAAGUCUAAAACAUUAAAUUUUGAGUCCAAUAACAUGAAACCACCAUCAAGUUGCAUCAUUAACAAUGCAAUUUUUUAAAGUUUUACUUCACAUCCUUUAUGAAAUUAAUGUUAUACCUGACUCUUUUGUGGUUCUAAUAGACUUUUAAGCUAAUUUAUACAUACUUAUGUGAAAUAAUCAACUUCAAACAUGCAAAUAGGUAAUUGCAGCCAUUAUCAUCACAUGCCUUGAAUUAAACAUAAACAUUUCAAUUUCAUGCUUAUCGACUGAAAAGAAUGAUUAGAAUAUAAGUUAAAGAUUUCAUUAAAGUGUAGAUAUUGUACUUACUGGAUUUUAAUAAUCCUAGGAAAAACCAAAAAAGGAGAGUUGAGCAUAAUCCCAAUUACAGUGACUUUACUUUCUCCGUGUUUGAGACAGUUACCUCAUCUUUACUAUGGCGUUAAAGAUAAGGUCAGUGUUUGCUGAAUUUAGUGUCAGAUAUGUAGUUUCUUCUUGUUCACAAAGAACCUUUUCUCAAUAAAGUCUUGUUACCUUGUAAACAUGGCACACUAGUUACUUUGCUUGCCUCUCGACCAAGAGUUAGCAUGUCCAAAUCUGUCUGGGGUUAUCACUAGAAAUGGGUAAUUAACCAGGUAGAAUGGUCUUAUUCAAUUAAGGGAGGGCGUUAACCCUGAGUAAAAAAACAAAAACUUUAACGAUCAAAAUUGGACAAUAGCAAGCAACCUUUUCAGUGAAAAAAUUUAAAAUUUGUCUGUUGAGGGAAAUAUUCUUUGGUUUUAUUAGUUAAAUUACAGCAGCUGGAAAAUCUGGAACAUAAAAAAUAUUGGAUUGACAAUGAUCCUGCAGUUAAUGGUCCUUUUUUCAAAUGGAGAUAAUAUUAAAAUAUUUCUUUAAGAAUCACUUUCUGUCUUUUUAAAAGCAUGUCUUAAAGUAAAAAGAUUGUUUAUUGUCAUAAAAAAACAAUAUUAGAUUACAAAUCUACUUGAUCAUUAAAAUAGAAAUGAUCUUCAAUGCUUACAGGAAACAAGAUUUAGGCAAAGAUACUUGGAUCUAAUGAUAAAUGAACCUGUGCGAGAUAUUUUUAUAACAAGGGCAAAGGUCAUCAACUAUUUGCGCAAGUAUUUUGAUGAGCUAGGCUUUUUAGAGGUAAAAAGUUAAUUUUUUUAUUUGAAAAAUAAAUAAGGAGUAAUAAACAAAGUAAAUGUAACAUUUCUGGUAAAAUAUAGUUUCAUAAAAGAUUUUUUUUAAAAUGAAGUUAUGUUUAGAAUUGUGCUCUACUGGAGUUCCUACUGAAAGAUAGAACAAAGUCUAAGUCUUUUGUUGAACUUUUCUUGUUUUAAAUUGUAACUCCCAAGUUCAGUGCAUGCUAAAACUUAGAUAUAAAUUUGAAGAAAUGCUUAUAAAACUCGUCUCCUGUUCAUUAUGUACACCCUUUUUACUAGGUUGAAACUCCAAUGAUGAGUUUGAUACCAGGAGGUGCUGUUGCCAGACCUUUCAUCACUCACCAUAACGACUUGCAUCAAGAUCUUUACAUGAGGAUUGCUCCCGAGUUGUAUCUUAAGGUAACAUUAAAAUUUUAACUAAAAUAUUUUAAUAUAAGAUUUUCAACAUUAAAACCAGCCAAACGUUAUUGUGGUAAAAACAAUCAUUUCCUAUUUGCAGUGUGUAUUCACUAAGAGACUCCUGUGUACUUACAAUUUAAAAAAUUUGAUAAGUUUAUGAAAAUUUAAGUCUUCAAUUUAAAGUUCUAACCUAAAAAUUGAAAUUUGCAAACUGAAGAAUCUUAUUUGUUAAAAAAGGUGAAUGCACAUUACCUUUAAAAAAAAGCAGGGCUAGCAAAAUAACUUGACUGAGAAUGACUAUUAGGAACUUGGUGUAUAUAUUAAUAUAGAGUUAGAUAGUUGCUUCACCCUUUAGUUAAUGUUUCCUAAAAUUUAAAGCCAGGGAAACGUUAUUCAAAUAUUACAAAUUUUAAGUACCAAGAAAGAAAUUAUGAAUUUAAAACUUAAAAAAGAAUAUUAGAACUGAAUCUUUUUAUUUUUUAAUUAUUACUUUGGAAACAACUUGUACUCUAAUUAUUACACCAAUCUGCAAUUUAAAGACAAAGAAAACUUCAUGAAGAGUCAUGUCACAGAAAAGAGCUGCUAUGAACCACUAAUAAAUGGAUUUAAAACACCUUUUUUUAUAUUUGGAUGCAGAUGUUGGUUGUUGGAGGCAUAGACAGGGUUUAUGAGAUUGGCAAACAGUUUAGAAAUGAAGGUAUAGAUUUGACUCACAACCCUGAGUUUACAACCUUGGAGUUUUACAUGGCCUAUGCAGACUACAAUGAUUUGAUGACCAUAGCUGAAAGUUUGUUGUCCGGUUAGUAAUAACAGUUUUAAGACUUGUCUCACCUUAUUCACAUGCUUUCAACCCCACGGUUUUUUGUGGUCACUGGCUGAAAUAGUAAACAAAAAAGAAAAAUUAUUUAAAAAGCAUUUUCCAUUUUUGGUCUGUGUCUCAGAGUUGGAAUAAUAGUAUCCUUUCAUUGAGAGGAAAUUUUCACACUUCAUUAUUUGGGAACCAAAUAGAUCAGAAGUAGAUAAUGACAUGUUUAGGUUCCAUCCGUCCAUCCCUGUGGCGCUACAGCCCAUGUAGGGCUUUGGCCUGCCUCACUACUAUCUUCUACUCAGACCUAACCAAUGCUUUUUUUUUCCAUGCUUGGAUUCCCAGUUGUUGUAGAACUUUUUUCCACAUCAUCCAUCCAUCUAAGCCUAGGUCUGCCUUUGAGCCGUUUUCGUCUGGGAUUUUGGUGAUGCACCCUCUUCACUCCUCUGUCAUUUGGCAUUCUCUAUAAGUGUCCUGCCCAGCAUAUCCUAACCUUUUUUAUUUCUGCUACUAGUGUUGGAUCCUGAUAAAGACUGAACUACACACUCAUGUUAAGGUUAAUUAACGGAAACUUAACAGGAAAUUUUAUAACUGGUUAAUGAAUUGCAAUUUUAAUCACUGCAUUUAAUAUAUCAAUUGACUUCUAUUAAUUUAAAAAUCAAUGUUCAUUUGUUUUAUUCUACUUCUACAAUAUUAAAAGACCCUUUAAAGUGUAUCGGGAUGACAGGUCAUUUUUCUUUUAUAAAAUUAUGUCGCUGGUCACUUUGGUUCUAGUUCUAUACAAUAUGGAGUCUAAACUCAAAAAGGUUGGGAAAAUGUUCUUAUAACAAAAUUAGUGUCAGGCAAUGUCAUAUACAUGUUUUUUUAUAAACAUCUGUCACCAGUAAUUUUUUGCUCCAUAUAUUCUCCUUUUCCACCCCUCCCUUCAAAUGAGAUUCAUCAUUGGUUUCCAAUGGUGUAAGUUUUUUAGUUAUUUAAAAUAUGAACUUUAAGAGGAUCUUUUUCCCCUAUGCAGGAAUGGUGAAACAACUGAAGGGAGGAUACAAAAUCACCUACCAUCCCGAUGGACCUGAUGGAGAAGGUUUUGAAAUUGAUUUUACACCACCUUUCAAGCGAGUUUCCAUGAUACCUGCAUUAGAGGAGGCCAUGAAUGUCAAAUUCCCCCCAGCAACAGAACUGCACAAAGAAGGUAUUGAAUCCAAAAUUUAGAAAACUUGAACAAUAAAUUAUUGUAGAAUGAGUUAAGAAAAAACCCACGGUAUUUGAUUAAUGGAGUGUUAAACUGAUUUUCCAAAAUUGGGGUAGUGUCCAAAAUUGGUGUUGCAAAAUGUCUUUGACAUGAAUUGGAACAAACAUGUCCUCUUAAUGGUAUAUUCAUUUCAAUUUUUGUUGAAUAGAAUUAUUGUCUUUAUUUACUGGUAUCAAAAGUUGUAUUCCUGGAGCAAGCGUUGCAAACAUUAAAGAACAGCUCUAAAAUAAUAUUUUGUCAUUUUUUUAAAACAAAAAUUAAAGGCCUAAAUUUUUCCCCACACCAUUAGCCUCACGCAAAUUUCUGGAUGAUCUGGCUGUUAAACAUGGUAUAGAAUGCCCUCCACCAAGAACAACAGCAAGAUUGUUAGACAAGGUAAGAACUAUAAGUAUAAUAUAUGGUUUCAUUUUAAGUCUUAAUUAUUUUCCAAGAAAAAAACUUGCAACAACUUAUUUUCAGUAAUUUAAAAAUAAAUGUAUGAUUUAUUCACUAAACUUGCUAUAAAAAUUUUUUAUUUCAAAACUUUUUAUCAGAUGGUUGGUGACUUUAUUGAGGAUAAGAUUGUCAACCCAACUUUUAUCAUUGAUCACCCUGAAAUAAUGAGUCCACUGUCCAAAACGUAAGAAUUUUAUUCCAAACUGUUUGCCAGCAGGCAUUUUUAUAACUCAUUUGUUAUCCAUCAAGUUCAAAAAUAUUUUAAAUAUGAUUCCCAUAUUUUUUUUCCUUCCAUUUUUGUCAGGCACAGAUCAAUUCCAGGUUUAACAGAACGUUUAGAAUGUUUUGUGAUGCACAAAGAGAUUGUGAAUGCAUACACUGAGUUGAAUGACCCAGUCAUUCAAAGGGACAGAUUUCAACAACAAGCAAAGGUUUAUUUAAAUCAAUUCCUUUGUUUUUCCACUGAUUAGAAGAAUAAUGUUACCACAUGCCGGGCAUGAUGUUUCUAACUUGCUGGACUUUUGUAACUAUAAGAUACAUAAAUUUAAAUUGGAGAUUUGAUUAAUACAAUAUAUUUUGUGAUUACCAAUAAUUAAGUCUGAUUUUCAUAGAUUUCAUUUCAUAUUUUUAUUUUGAAGCAAGUACUUUUAAAGAAUAAGAAUAUAAUGUUCAUAUGUUAACUUCAAGAUUUGUGUAACAGGACAAGGCUGCUGGAGAUGUUGAAGCCAUGUUUGUUGAUGAGAACUUCUGUGUAGCCCUGGAGUAUGGUCUUCCACCUACUGCAGGAUUUGGUCUGGGUAUUGACAGGCUGACCAUGUUUUUGACAGACCAAAAUAACAUCAAGGUAACACCUCUUGCUGGAGAUACUGUCAGGUGCCAGUUUGGCCACGAUCAGUUGUAAUUAGAAAUUGUUCUUCUUGAGUGGUUCUUUAAAACCUUUCAAUCUUAACUACAAAGCAUUAGCAUGAUAAAGCAAUGAAGGUUAUUAAACUAUUCAACUGUAACAAGGAUUGGCAGCGAUAAAACAGAAUUAUGCAGCUCGUCUUUGGAGAUGUGGUAAAAAGAAAAAAAACCCUGACCAACUCUAAUAAGUAACAUGUUGUUAUAAAUAACUCAGCAUAUCCAAUACCCUGGUAAUAUAAAUUAGGUGAUGUUUUGGUUGACUAAAACUGUGUAAUGUUUCUAAUAAAAUUAUGACAUAUUUCACUCCACAGGAGGUGUUAUUUUUCCCUGCAAUGCGACCAGAGGAGAACACUCAAAAGCCUGAAGCUGCAACAGCAGCACAAAAACCAUCAUAGCACACUCGAUUUCAUCUCAAACAAGCUUUCUAAAAACCACUUUGGAAAAGAGUCUUAUAACAUGGAAAUACUUAGCUUAUUUAUCGCUACCAAUUUUUAAGCUUUAUUUUACCAACUUAUAGUUUACUAGAAGUGUUUCAAUUUUCUUAAUACCUGAUCAUUACUUGUCAAAAAUCAGUUGGUCUUUGUCAUCAUUAGCAUCCACAUUGCUCAAAUGGGAUACUACACUGUUUGCUAUGCUAAAAAACUUGUUAAAAACAAAUUAUUUCACUCAAUGGUUAACAAAUAGAAAUAUUAGAAUGAAUAUUGCUUCUUUGCUAUAUAAAUAAUACAAGUGGUUGAGAGUUAGGUUGCAUAAAAAAUAUCUAGCACAUUUGGAAGCAUCAGAUAGGUUUAUGAGAAUGGUAGGUAAAUUAUUGAUAUGUAUGACAAUUUUUUUAAUAGAUUCGUGUGAGCGUACAGGCUUACAUUUUAUUUACUAAUAAUUCCUGAGGUCAUUUUUUAAUUUCUUUUCUAAGUAGACUUAAAAAGUAUAUACUUGUUAAAAUUUUGUUUAGAGGUUAUGCUAUUAAUCUGUUUUUGGCUUCUUUAGUUGUGAGGUAAAUCCAUGUCAAAUUGCAAUGCUAGUUUGUGAAUUAAAAAAAACAACAAUUAAAUGUUAUUAAUGUUGAAAUGAGUUGUUCUCAAUUUGUUAUGUAAGUGUAAGAUUGGAAUAUUUUUCAGCAUAAUUAAAGUCCAGACUUUAAAAUUAGUUGUUUCGUUUACAAGCCAUGCAUUAUUGAUUAUUUUCUUGGUCCUCUGCUCCAUUAUCUUUGAUUUAGUCAGUCAAAUGUUUUUAAAUUAAAAAAUUAAUUUCUAGUAUC